CUUGUCUUUAAGACACCCAGCAGUGACAAGCCGAACGCAGUAGCACUGUGAGCUAAGCUCAGCCGCUGUAAGAUGGCGUCUCUUCUGCAGCCAGAUAGGGUUAUCUAUCUGGUUCGUGGAGAGAAAAGGAUUAGAGCUCCAUUAUCUCAACUUUAUUUUUGUCGUUACUGUAGCGAGUUAAGAUCGCUGGAAUGUGUGUCUCAUGAGGUGGACUCCCAUUACUGUCCAAGUUGUCUGGAGAACAUGCCGUCUGCUGAAGCUAAGGUCAAAAAGAACAGGUGUGCUAAUUGUUUUGACUGCCCGUGCUGCAUGCACACACUGUCAACUCGGGCCACUAACAUCCCGGCUCCCCUCCCCGAUGACCCCACCAAGACGACCAUGAAGAAAGCCUACUAUCUGGCCUGCGGGUUCUGUCGCUGGACCUCCAGGGAUGUAGGCAUGGCUGACAAAUCCGUCGCAAGCGGUGGAUGGCAGGAGCCAGAAAAUCCCCACGCUCAGCGGAUCUCCAAACUGAUUGAGUAUUACCAGCAGCUCGCCCACCGAGAGAAGCAGGAGAGAGACAGGAAGAAGCUGGCGAGGAGGCGGCAGUGCAUGCCCCUGGCAUUCUCGCAACACACUAUUCAUGUGGUGGAGAAAUACGGCCUUGGAACCAGACUGCAGCGGCAGAGGCCUGGAGCCCCCAUAUCCGCCCUGGCAGGACUUUCCCUUAAAGAAGGCGAGGACAAGAAGGAGAUCACCAUAGAACCGGCCCAGGCCCUUGAUGAAGUAGAGCCCCUGCCUGAGGAUUGUUACACCCGACCCGUCAGUUUACCUGAAGUGACCACGCUGCGCCAGAGGCUGCUGCAGCCGGACUUCCAACCUGCAGGAGCAUCUCAGCUCCACCCCAGACACAAACACCUGUUGAUGAAGCGCUCGCUGCGCUGCAGGAAAUGCGAGCACAACCUGAGCAAACCGGAGUUUAAUCCAACUUCAAUCAAGUUUAAAAUACAGCUGGUGGCUGUGAGCUACAUCCCUGAAGUAAGAAUAAUGUCCAUCCCCAACCUCCGACACAUGAAGGAGAGCCAGGUGCUGCUAACGCUGACCAACCCCGUGGAGAACAUCACCCACGUCACACUGGCUGCUUGUGAGGAAGAAGAUCCUGAUGCCAUCAACAGCACCGCUAAGGUUCUGGUUCCCAGUAAGGAACUGGUCUUAGCAGGGAAGGAUGCUGCAGCCGAAUACGAUGAGCUGGCUGAACCUCAGGACUUCCAGGACGAUCCAGACAUCGUUGCCUUCAGGAAGUCCAACAAGAUCGGCUUCUUCAUCAAAGUGAUCCCUCAGAAAGAAGAAGACGCAGACGUCACCGUUACGUUCAGGAUGCGGCACGACUUCCGUAACCUGGCGGCUCCCAUCCGGCCCAGCGAGGAGGGAGGCGACGCCCCCCCUGAGCCCAUUUGGCUCAGCCACCAUGUGGAGCUGAGGCUGGGGCCGCUCGCUGCCUGAGCGCAAACAAAAACCCCUCUGGAUAUCAUGAUCUGUGGUUCAGCUUCCGCCUUCAGCUCACCCGACUUCAGCAGUUGAACAAUAACCUUCAUCCGCAGCGCAGUUCAUCAUGAAUAUAUAGGAAACUAUUGUUGGCCGCCGUCUGCUGCAUCAGUCAGUUUCCCCCUCUUUUUAAAUGAUAGCUGCUCUGCAGUGACGGGUUAUAUUUCACUACAUCAGCCUCCUCCUCUGUCUAAACACUAUCCGCUCUAUUAGUAGGAAGCAGCUUUCUGUGUGGGAGGUUAAGAUCUGUCGAUGUUGUGUUUUUCUUUAUCCCCUCUGUCUCUGUGCAGUUAUGAUUCACUGUUGGACAGACUGGGUGCAAACUGUUGAGACGGGGGGAAGCAAAUCAGUGGGUAGAAUCAGAAUCAAGAGAUUAGAAGGAUCUACAUGAGUCAAAAUCUUUUCUUUAUUCAUCUCUUCUCUGCAGAAUAUUGUUUUGUAUUUGCUUGCAUGCUUUAAUUAUAUGAAACAGAAAACGCAAACAAAGACUUUACGCUCUGCACUGUCCUAACAUACCUGCCUAUUUUAAUCACUUCUUACAGUUUUACUCAUCUUAGAAACUCUUUGAAAUGCCUUUUAAAGGGUAUUAAUCUAAGAUCGUCUCCAUUUUAUACAUGAUCUGAGGUUAUCUGCACCAUUUCCAUGCUUCUUUUAAAGCUGUAGGAAGCUCAGUGGAAAACGCUCAUGUAUUUGUCACUUUUUUCCCAUUUUCUUUGCAAACAUGACUGACCGGCCUGUAGGUGUUUGUGUUGUUAAGGUGUCUGACGUGUUAUCUUAGGAAAAAUGGAGCUGUACUCUACAUCACAGUUAAUCUGCACUACUGGCUAAUAAAAUAAGAUAACAUGCUGUAAUGGAUCUAUUUGCUUUUAAUGAACAUUAUAAACUUAAUUUAA